AUGGCGUCCAGCCGUGAUCAGCUACGGUCUGACAUUCCUUCGAAAAUAUCUACGGCUUCUCCCUCCUCAAAAGCCCCAACCACCGCGGCGCUCCUCCGCGAUUAUGCCCUGAACAUAGCACCCACCGAGAACCGCCGAGAUCAAGCAAAUACCAGCGUGUUGGCUACCGUGAGCUCUGAAAUAGCACAAGAAGAGAUCGCAGGUUGGACCUUAUCUUCGUCGACUCUACGGUCCAUUCAUCAAAAAUCGCCCAAUCGGCCGAGAUCAAAGAAAGCAUUGUCAACCGACUGCAUCCCGCGACAGACGAUUUUGAAAGCGCUAGCUUCCAGACCAUCCAUUCUCAACAAUACCAAUAAUACGAUGUCGGCGAGUUCUUUGUCGAAUAUGCUGGCGAACAAAUCCACCCAGUCUUCCCCGCCUUCCGAUGACCGGCGGCGGGGGAGCAAUGCCUCCCAAAAUCUCUCUACGGCACUUUCCAAUCUCCAGCUGAGUGGGUUUCUCGACCGAUCCCCCGCUACAGCACGACUGGUUCUGCAAUCCCCAUGUUAUUUCCACCAGCGCUUUGACGACGCCGUGAAUAUAAAAAAGGUGUUAGAGGAAAUCGCCGACGAUGAGUGGCUUUCGCACUCACGUCUUGUUCAGACUGCAACUGGUGUGCGCGAAGUUUCAAAGCAAUUACAGCGCCGCCCCAUUAAACGCGCGGUGCGAAAUGUUAUGAUCGUUACUAAGGCUCGGGAUAACAGUCUGGUGCACCUGACUCGGCAAGUUGCCGAGUGGCUUCUUUCCACCCCGCGAUACGGCAAUAAGCUCGGUGUCAAUGUCUAUGUUGACGCCAAGUUACGGAACUCGAAAAGAUUCGAUGCUCCAGGGCUAUUGCAACAAGACCCGAUGUUUUCCCAAAUGCUACAUUUCUGGACACCAGAUCUGUGUUGGACAUCACCGGAUAAAUUCGACUUGGUGCUCACACUAGGCGGUGAUGGCACUGUCCUCUACACAUCAUGGCUCUUCCAGCGCGUAGUGCCACCAGUACUCUGCUUCUCGCUCGGUAGCCUAGGCUUCCUGACAAACUUCGAAUUCGCCGACUAUAAAUCCCAACUCAACGCCGUCAUGGGCGAAGUCGGGAUGCGCGUGAACCUCCGCAUGCGUUUCACAUGCACAGUCUUCCGGCGCGACCGCAGCAAAGGCGCAGAAGACGGCGCCGUCGAGGAGGGCGAGCAAUUCGAAGUCCUGAACGAGCUAGUCAUCGACCGCGGCCCAUCCCCAUACGUUUCAAACCUCGAGCUCUACGCCGACAACGAGCUCCUAACCGUCGUCCAAGCAGACGGCUGCAUUUUCUCCACCCCAACCGGCUCAACCGCAUACUCCCUCUCUGCCGGCGGCUCCCUCAUGCACCCCUCUAUUCCAGGCAUUCUCCUCACCCCCAUCUGCCCUCACACCCUCUCUUUCCGACCCAUGGUCCUCUCGGACUCCCAUCUCCUCCGAAUCGCCGUCCCCAACACCUCCCGCUCAACGGCAUACUGCUCCUUCGACGGCAAGGGCCGCGUCGAGCUCCGACAGGGAGACUACGUCACCGUCGAGGCAAGCCAGUACCCCUUCCCAACAGUGGUCUCCAACAACAGCGAGUGGUUCACAAGCGUGCAGCGCGCUCUGCGCUGGAAUACCCGGGGCGCGAUCCAGAAGGGCUGGGAUGGCGGCGACGCGGACGGCGAGUACGCUGAAAACGAAGAUGAACAGUGGGAUAUCGAUACAGAUGCCGGGCUGGCGGGGACAGAUAGUGGGAUUGGCCCGAGCGAGGAUGGAGAUGCUAUCUCUCCCAAUCCCAUGCGGAGACAGAUGAGCUUGCUCAAUAUGUGA